AUGUAUCCCAUCAUCUUCUUAACCGCUCUGUUUUUACGGCCUUCGCUUGCUCUUUCAAGAUCCUUCAGGCACAUUGGUGAAGGAGCAAGCUACGAAGAGAGUGUCGAAACGACUUCACAACCUAAAGACGAAAUUAUCACAUGGCCAUCCGAAACCACGCUGCCAAAUGAAGAGUUUUCUCCUUUCAAAAAUGGAGCUACAGCGACGCCAUUUGAAACAAGGCUGCAAACCGAACAGACCUCGCAAUCUGACAGCGAAACUACCACGACGCUCCCUGAAACACCGCCACAAAGCGGAAGAUCUAAGAGUCCAAGAAAGGCAAGGUGUUUCCCUGCUGCAUGUGCCGCAUGUAUGCCGGUAUGUACAUACGUACCCUGGGUACCUGUAGCACCUGCACCAGUGGCACCCGUACCUGUUGCACCUGUACCUGUAGCGCCUGUACCAGUAGCACCUUGGAAUCCAUUGUGGCCUGGGCUUCCUGUACCACCUGUACCUGUGCAGCCUAAGCCAAUCCCAAAUCCGCUGGCUCCGAAAGACGACGAUAAUAAGCCACCUCAACCUCAGCCUGCUCAGCCUGCUAAACCAGGGUUUGGGAUUGGUGGGUUUUUACCACUAGGACCUUGGGGGCCUGCUAUUUGGUUCAACUUUAAUAAGAACUGA